AUGGAAAUGGAAGGAAGAAGGCGAGAAGUGGUUGUUUCAUCUCUGCAAUUCGCCUGCUCCGACGACAUCUCCACCAACGUCGCCGCCGCUGAGAGGCUGGUCAAGGAAGCACACGCGAAAGGAGCAAAUAUCAUUCUCAUUCAGGAACUUUUUGAGGGCUAUUACUUCUGUCAAGCACAAAGAGAGGACUUCUUUCAACGAGCCAAGCCUUACAAGGACCAUCCUACCAUUGCAAGGAUGCAGAAGCUGGCGAAAGAACUGGGUGUAGUGAUACCGGUUAGCUUCUUCGAGGAGGCAAAUAAUGCACAUUACAACUCGAUAGCCAUAAUUGAUGCUGAUGGAACUGACCUUGGGAUUUAUAGGAAGUCGCAUAUUCCUGAUGGACCGGGUUAUCAGGAGAAGUUUUAUUUCAAUCCUGGAGACACUGGCUUUAAGGUUUUCCAGACGAAGUUUGCAAAAAUUGGAGUUGCUAUAUGUUGGGAUCAGUGGUUUCCUGAGGCAGCUCGAGCUAUGGUUCUACAGGGUGCAGAAGUAUUGUUUUAUCCUACUGCCAUUGGCUCUGAACCCCAAGACCAGGGAUUGGAUUCGCGUGAUCAUUGGAGGAGAGUCAUGCAAGGGCAUGCUGGAGCUAAUGUGGUGCCUCUAGUAGCUUCAAAUCGCAUUGGGAAGGAAACAAUUGAAACUGAGCAUGGACCUAGUCAGAUCACUUUCUAUGGAACUUCCUUCAUUGCUGGAGCAACAGGUGAAAUUGUGGCCGAGGCUGAUGAUAAAUCGGAAGCAGUUCUCGUGGCAAAGUUUGAUCUUGACAAGAUCAAGUCGAAAAGGCAAAGCUGGGGAGUGUUCCGUGACCGUCGUCCAGAAUUGUACAAGGUGCUUCUUACAAUGGACGGUAACCUUUGA